AUGGCCGCUGCUAUUCCCCCUGGUGGUACCUGGUUUGACACCCUCAACAAAUCUUUUGCCGAUGUUCCUGUUGGUGACAAUGGCAUCUCUACCACCGAGUUUCUUGAGGCCGCCGAGUCUCUGGUGACCCUUUUCGACCUUCUCGGCAGCAAGUGCUUCGCUCCCGUCAAGAGUGAUCUUCUAGGCAAUAUCCAGAAAGUUAGACAGAGGCAGCUGGCUGCCCCUGCUGAGUCUGAGACUCUCCAGGCUCUUGUUCUGAACGAACUGAAGACUGGAAAGCACAAUGCUACGGAAGGACUUUUGUGGCUCGUCCGGGGCCUUGAUUUCACCGUUCAGGCUCUCCGCCACAACCUCAACGAGCCCACGGCUGAACUCUCGAAUUCCUUCCGUGACGCCUAUGGCAGAACUCUCAAGCCCCAUCACUCCUUCGUUGUGAAGCCCAUCUUCUCCGCUGCGAUGUCUGCCACUCCCUAUAGAAAGGACUUCUAUGCCAAGCUUGGCGAUGAUCCUGCUAAGAUUGACGCUGCCCUGAGACGGGAAGUCGAGGCUCUGGAGAAGAUUGUUGCUACCCUCAAUGAGUUCCUGGCACGGAAGGAGACACAAUGGAAGUAA